CCAACACAAACUAUCACACCAAAUCCUCCCAAAUACAUGGGAACACAUCAUAAACGCACAUGUCUAUUGCAUGACUUCCUUCUCCAUCUCUAUUCUCUUACACCAAAUCAAGGGUAUGUGCCAUAAACCCGCACACCUCUAUUGCAUGACUUUUAUUUCACCUUAAUUCGGUUCUCUUACUAUAUAAUACACCAACAUACAAUUAACGAGUCACAUGUAUGUAUGUAUGUAAAUAACAACAUAUACCAUUUUUUUUAUUUGUAAAGCAGCAUUAGGAAAAAAAAUAUAUUCAAAUGGCAACCCAAAUGGUAGAUAUAGAGGCUCAAUCAUCAGCUCAAACCUCAUCCCCUCCAUCAAUCUUCAACAAAGUCGAUCAUCCGGUUACACUAAAGUUUAAAGAAGUGGUUUACACCAUCAAAAACAAGAAACAAGGAUGGAUACAAAAAAAGAAAAACCACGAGCCUACAGAGAAACAGAUACUCAAAGGAAUAACCGGCAUGGUGUUGCCCGGAGAAAUUUUAGCCAUGUUGGGGCCAUCCGGAUGUGGAAAAACCACCCUUUUAACCGCAUUAGGUGGCCGCCUAGGUGGCAAGCUAGACGGGACCAUCACCUACAAUGGCAAACCGUUCUCAAGUAUCAUGAAGCGAUACACCGGUUUUGUCACUCAAGAUGACAUUCUAUAUCCUCAUUUAACAGUCACCGAACCCUUGUUUUCACUGCCUUACUCCGCUUGCCUAAAAAGCUCACAACUCAAGAAAAGAUUACACAUGCGGAAGCGGUGA